AUGGCGAUGGUUCUCGCGCUAAGUCCUUCCUCGCUUCUCGUGAGGAGUGAUGUUCGUACCGCGAGUCUCAGCGGGAGCAAGGCUGGUGAAAUUCAAGGGGCAAGGCUGCAUUUGAUUAUCGAUUCUGAAAAUCUUCGCUUCGGAUUGGCAGGAGAGACUUCGGGAUUCCCGAUGUGGUCAUCGAAUUCGCGGAGGAUUGUGACGACUGCCGCCGUGAAGGGAACUAACAAGCGGAGGGCGAAGGUUACGUGUCCUAGCGGGAUGUUGUCGAGACGUGGAAGAACCCAAAUCACGGAGACUUUGUAUGGGUGGAGUCCGAUUGGGUCGCCGGUGGUAAAGUGGUGUCACGCAGCAACCGCUACACGCAUGAGAUCAUUAGGCGGGUCCCGCUACUAUGACUCCAGUGAGGGUGCCUUGCUCGUGACGCCCGUCCCUUGGGAUCUCCUGGACAGCUGGCAGCAGGAGAAUGGCCGGGGCCCGCUGGAUCGAUCGCGGACGGUCGUGGGAAUGUUGUUUCUGCCAAGAGAAGCUGUUGACGCCGCAAAGCAAUUGGUGGAGGAUGUGAUAGAGGCUCGGGGCAAUGGCAUGCAGGUGAUAGGAUGGAGGGAGGUACCGGUGUAUAAGUAUGCGGUGGGAUGGUAUGGUGAGGCCUCCAUGCCUUCCAUCCAACAGCUCGUUCUCUCUACACCCAACCCGGUAGAGGAGGAUUUCCCAACGGGGUUCAGUAAUCUGAAAGAUCUUAUCCAUCUUACUGCUAACGGGGAGUGGGUCGAGGUCUCGAAAACUGAGCGAGAGAUUGUGAGUGUUCGCAUGGAGAAACCAGAUCCCGUGAUCUCGCUGGACCCGUUCAGGAAAAUUCACGUCUGCUCCCUUUCCGACAAGUGUCUGGUGUACAAGGCCGUUUGCAAGAAUGAUGAGCUGGGAAAAUUCUUUCUGGAUCUGAGCAACGAGUUGGUCCGCAGCCGCUUCGUCUUUUAUGAGAGGUGCAUCAAUCGCAGCUUAUACACCAACCUAACAUGGGGAUUCCCUACUGGAUGGAAUUAA